AUGUCUCCAACCAAUAAUGAAGCAUCUGUGCGACUGACAGGCUCAGUCACUCUGGAAUUGAGUCCAUUAUCAAUGAUGGGAUCUACUCCAUCUUCAUCAUAUCAAUUAAAGAAGAUAGAAUCAAGGCUUGAACUAUUAUCACAAACAUUAUCUAAAUCGUCUAUGCGAUUAGUGUCUGAAAAAUCAAAUUCAUCAGCGACAAUAAUAACUGGAUUGAGUCGUAAACCAUUAUCUCGAAUUCAUUUAUCUAAUGUCGAUACAAAUAAUAGCCGAGUAUCAAAACCCAUAUCAAAGUCAUCAUCAUCUAAUACUAUUAAUAUUACAAGUACAAGUACAAAUAUAAAUCCAAAUCCAAAUCCAAAUCCAAAUCCAAAUCAAUCAAGGAAAAGUAAAGAUAUUCAUUUAUCUCCAAUAUCUGUUUCAUCCACAUCAUCUGCAGUAACUCCUUCAUCAACAAUGUUAUUACGUAAAUCAAUCACUAAUACAGCAUCAACAACUCCAGCAACUACUACUAAUUCAUUACCUUCACUGUCGACUAAUUGUAAAUAUUCUCUACAAGAUUUUGAAUUAGGUAGGAUAUUAGGUAAAGGUAAACUUGGUAAAGUUUAUUGUGCUAAACAUUUACAAUCAGGAUAUAUUGUAGCACUUAAAGUUAUGACAAAACAAGAUUUAAUAGAUUUAAAAUUAGAAAAGAAUCUUAGACGAGAAAUUGAAAUUCAAUCUCAAUUAAUUCAUCCUAAUAUAUCACGAUUAUAUGGAUAUUUUUAUGAUCAUAAAAAUGUUUAUCUAAUACUUGAAUAUAGUAUUGGAGGUGAAUUAUAUAAUCAUCUUAAACUGGUAAAGAAAUUUGAUAAUAUUAAAAGUUCUUAUUAUAUUCAACAAGUCACGCAGGCGUUGAUUUAUCUUCAUUCUAAAAAUAUUAUUCAUAGAGAUAUUAAACCUGAAAAUAUUCUUGUAUCAGAUAAUAAUAUAAUUAAAUUAUCUGAUUUUGGAUGGUCUGUAUCUAGUCAAACUAAUCCAUCAAAGAAAAGACUUACAAUAUGUGGUACUCUUGAUUAUUUACCACCAGAAAUGAUUGAAUCUCAACUUCAUGAUCAACAAGUCGAUAUAUGGUCAUUAGGUAUUCUUUGUUAUGAAUUACUUGUAGGGAAACCUCCAUUUGAAGAAAUUGAUAAGAAUCGAACUUAUAAACGUAUAGUUAAAAUCGAUUUAAAUUUUCCUCAUUAUAUAGAUUAUGAAGCAAGAGAUUUAAUUACAAAGUUACUUCAAAAGAAUCCAAGAUUAAGAUUACCUUUAAAUAAAGUAUUAGAACAUCCUUGGAUUUUAAAAUAUAAACCAUUUUGGCCAAUCUAA